AUGCCCCCAAAAAGAGGUGGCCGCAAAGCUCGCCCCUCGCAACCUCCGCCGCCACCGCCGCCGUCCCCCCUCCCCCUCCUCCCGGGCGAUCUCUCCAAGCAGCUUCAAGAGUCGGUAUCACAAUGGGACGACAGCGGCACGGAAACCCUGCAUACGAUAAUAUCAUCUCUACUAGAGGCUAUUGUAGACACGCCAUCAGCACUGUCGGCUGUCCCCUUGUUGCACACCUUCGUCUUUCUCCUCAAGUCGGAAGUCGACGAGAAAGAAUUGACUGGGGUAUUUGAAGGUGUUCUGGACGAAUUGGACGACGCAAAAAAGGAGAACUUCUGUGAAUCUUUGGUGGAUGCCAUUGAGGUUUUAGAAGAUGAGAGGGAAACUCUGUCUGAAGGUCAGACCAAGCAAGAAGGCGAAGAUGAGUCUAGAAAUAUCAAUGUUUUGAAAUAUCUUCUCGAAUCAAACUCUCUCCCAGCCCAUAUCCCCAAUCUUCUAUUGACCCCCGAUCGCCUAUUGUCCCUGAACCUGCACCCCAUGCCCCGGAAUCCAAAAGCCCUGCAAAGCGGCCUAGUCAAGAAGAAUACCUCAUUCUUCUUCAAACAACGAAAAUUCAAUCUUCUGAGAGAAUGCUCUGAAGGAUUCUCGGGACUCAUUGUCGUCCUUACCUCCCCCGACACGCUCUCGAACCCUGCCGAUGAAAGUGAUAUCGACAGACAUGAGCGCGCCGAGCGAGUCUGGGGCAAGAUCAUGAGGCUGAUAGGCUACUUUAAUCUCUCGCCGCCUCGAGUGCUUGAUAUCAUACUCGAAGUGGCCAGCUGUCAUGUGGCCUACCACUGGCGAUUCUUCCUCGAGCUGCUUCGAUGCUCCCCCUGGGGAAGCGCUGCGGUCGAAAAUGCAAAGGGCAAAGGCAAGGAGAGAGAACCGUCCCUUGGCUGGAAGGAAGAAGAGGUCAAGGGGAUCGAAAACGUCAUGUCUGAAGACGGUGAUCGCGUCCUGAGCCAAGUUCUUGGUUUCAAAUUCGGCUACUUUAGAAGGAACGAUGCCGGCGAUACUCCAUCUGGCGUCGUAUUCGUCGCUGCCCUACUGGUCAAGCACGGGUUCGUCACUCUUGCCGACUUGUUGCCAUUCCUUGCGCCGGACGACUCGGAAAUGGAAACAGCCCGCCAGACAUGGGCUUCAUCGCUGGCCUCCAGGUCUGGGCCUUCAAACGCGCUGACCAGCACUAUCCUCGAUGACGACGAGCCCCCAAGCAACGGCGGAUCGUCCAAAAUGGACGGCGGCAAGAAAGCCAACUCCAAACCUCCUCCUGAGCAAAGGAUGCAGUUCUGCCAUGCCCUGCUUGCCAUUGGCGACAAAGCUUCAGCCGAAUAUCUGUUGGCAAGGUGGCCCUGGAUUGCUCAGAAGCAUACUGGAGUGGCCGAUUUGAUCAUGAAGAUUGUUGAUGAAGCUGUCGACCCUAUCUAUCAGCAGAUAUGUGGCAAGAAGGAUGAUCUCGAUUAUAAUGCUGUUGCGCCUGAUGCUCUGGAGCAAACGCAACUAAAGAAAACGAAUCUCCUCACUCUAUUCUUCCCCGUUCCUCCAGAAACCGCCACAAAGAGAUUCGAAUUCUUCUAUCCUGACUGGAGCGAAUCGCUGGAAUCAUGGACCAACGAGCAGGAGAUACACGAAAAGGGUUUGCGAUGGAUGGGACUCAUACGAGGCUUGGGCGGAAGAAACGCUCGGCUCAUGGUCAAGCUUUGUCGUAUCGGUGUCGCCAACUUUGAACGACUGAGACAAAACAAGCAAACCGCAAUCGAUUCGUUGGAAGUUGAGCCCCCGGCUCACGAGUUGAUCGAUUUGCUCGCCCCCACCACCGAUGAGCUCAAGCCAUGGCUCGACAUCAUUCGCAUCUUGUUACUCCCUGCUCUCUCUUGCUCGUCUGCUUCAGCGGCUUUCGACGUCGAGCUUUGGGACCUUCUCAAAUUAUUCCCAUACACUGUGAGGUAUUCGCUCUAUGGUGAAUGGCGAGAUAGCACCUGCAGCGCGAAUGGACGCAAUCCUUGUCUGGCCGCUACCAACGCAGCAGCACAGACUACGAAGGAGGUCCAAAAAGCCCUACGACGCGUCACUUCCACCACUUCCACUGGUCCAUCUGCUGCUUCGCAAUCCGAAAGGCAUAGUGCACGUGCGUUGGCCAAACAGAGUCACGGCAACCCCGUCUUUGUUUGGACCACGGCAGUCACGCAAGUGAAAGCUUAUCCCAAUAUCGGAGAGGCUAUCGUAGACGCGGGAAGGUACAUGGCUCAGCUGUCCUUUGACGUGGCAACGUUUGUCAUGCUGGAUACUCUCUCAGAUGACAGGGCGAUGCGAUUGAACGAAAUGGGUACCGGCGUUGCUCUUUGGCUAGAGCGUCUGUCCAAGUUUGUUGGUGACUUUAACCGACGAUACGCCAAUAUGGACCUUUACCCCGUCCUUCAAUAUAUCAUCAACCGUCUUAUGCGCGGUCAUUCUGGCGACCUCAUUAUUCUUGAGAAGCUCAUGUCCUCCAUGUCCGGCCUCGAGCCCGUGCCCAAUGAUGGCGUCUCUGAAGCCCAACUUCAAGCCUAUGGUGGCGGCCGUGAACUCAUCCGCGAGGCAUUUGCCGCUACACGCAUCAAUAGGGCAGGACCCGUAGAAAAGGUCAAGAAUGUGAAAAAGAGUCUGCCAAGGCUGGUAAAUGCUUUGAGAAAUCAAGGUCUGGCCAUGCCUAUCUGGAUCGCUUUGGCGCAGACAAGACAGGCGGUGGUUGACAAGCUGGCGGAUACGCCCAUGAAGGCCAUGAACCUCGUACAAGAUACUUGCCAUAACGCCUUCAUUCAAUUUGGAGAUUUCCUGGUGGACAACUUGACAUCUAACGAACACGUCAAUCUCACUCCGGACCUUCAGCAGCUCUACGAAGACUUCGGUCUCGAGUAUGGUAUGGCGUUCCAGAUUCUCCGCCCCCGUCUCAAUGCCGGAAUUGAGAAGAGCCGGCAAGAGGAAAAGGCUGCAGUACAGGCAAGAUUGGAUGCUGCCAGAAAAGCGAUGAACGGGAAAGAGGCUGAACAAUCUGCCACCGCCUCAACUAGUGGUGCUACCUCGCCUUCCAAGGCAGAAGACAGCCCUUUGGCACCAGGUUCUCCCGUGCCGUCCACCCCGCCCAUGGUUAGCACUCCUGCUCCGGAAGGGGAUGAUGUUGUCAUGGAAGAUGGCGAAAAUAGUGUAUCUGCUGGCACCGUGCCUGUGCCCAAGGCGGGUAGUAAGGCAAAGGCAUGGUGGCCAUCAGCUCUGACGUCAACAAUGCACCAGACGAGACAGCUUUUACCCAAGGAUGCCAACGAUGUCAUGAGCGCCCCAUUCUUUGUCAUAUUCUGGCAUUUGACCACUUCAGACAUCUCCUACUCGAGCAAGUCCUAUGACACAGCCAUCAAAGCGAUCCAACGUCAUAUCUCCACCGUCUCCUCUUGGCGUAUCAACACGAAUAUUCCUGGCGCAAAGACCAAGGUCCAUGAACAACAAGACGAGCUUGCCCGUCUUCGCUCCCGCGUGGAGAUACUGAAGAAGGAAUCUGUCACUCACGGGAACUUCGUCAAUCAGACGAUGAAAAGACGUCUCAAAUUAGAGAGUGGCAAGUGGUUUGGGAAAUCUAUUGUGGACAAGAGCUUGCAAAGGAUCUUGGCGCUGCAAUUGCACCAGUACUGCUUCUACCCGAGAGCUAUCCUUUCGCCAUGCGAUGCUGUGUUUGUUGCCAAGUUUGUCAGGCUAGCUCACGACCUUGGCACGCCCGGUUUCUCUACCCUCUUCGUCUACAACAACAUCUUCAACGACAACCUUGCUGCGUGCAUAUUUUCUUGCACUGACAGCGAAGCUCGUAACCUUGGUAGAUGUCUUGCUCUCAUCCUCGAGGAUUUAGACAAGUGGCACCAGAGCGAAGAAGUCUACGUCAAAGAAGCUCUCGGUAUCACUCAAUCCGCUUCGGGUGAGGAAGAUGAAUCAAAGAGGCUUCCUGGCAUGCUCUUCAGAAGCAAAUCUGGGGAGGAGAUGAAGCAGAUGACUUGGCAGGAGUUUAGAAACUUAUAUGCCAAAUUCCACAAUGCCCUGACUAGAACAUUGAUUUCUUGCUGGAGCGAGGCCGAGUUCAUGCACAACAAGAAUGCCAUCAUUGUGGCCCUUCAGGUCAUCAAAUUCUUUCCUCUCAUGGAAAGUAAUGGUAAGCUUGUCGAAGCUGCCGUCAAGAAGCUGCAGGCGGGCGAGGUUGGUGAAAUUCCGAGCGACUUGAAGAUGAUGUGCACAUCCUUCCUGUCGGGUCUCUCGAAGCGUCAAACCAUUAGGCCGUUCGUACCGCCCUCUGUCUUUCACCGUUCUGCGCCUGUCGCUCAACCUCUGGCUGCACGCUUGUCCAAAUCUUCUCUUCAAGCUCCCUCCACUCCUUCCCGCUCCUUGCUCGCCAAUGAAAACGGCAGGACUGCUUCUUCAGCUCCUGGAACGCCUGUCCCGCCUGCCCCUUCUGUCCCGUCUGGGCCGGCUUCGUCUGCCACGCCUGUGGUCGAUCAAGCAGCUUUGCGUCAGAAAGUAGAAGAGAGUCGCAGGCAUACAGAAGAGCUUCGGGCACGGGCCGCCUUGGAAGAGAGAACGAUUGCGUCCAGCUCGCCUGCCAAUCACCCAAUCCCCAACCGCCCCAACUUGCAAAACCGUAUGGGCAGUGAUGCUCACAAUGCCUCUCUGAAUGCUCCCACCGGCCCUGCCGCCCGAACGCCCUUGUCUCGUCCUUUGUCUAGGGCCAACACACCUUCCAGUACAAUGGGUCCCCCAGAUAGCCAGUCGGAAGAAGCUAUUCGAGCUCAGCGUGCCAAAAGAUUCCAACGGCCCCCGCCGCCUCCGCCGUCUCAAACUGCGUCCGCUACCGCUUCACCUGUUCCUGCUGGAACUGAUAUGAAGUCGGCUACCGACCUGACUUUGGGAAAGGGGGUCGAGGACGAGGACAAUACUCCCGGCACCCCAUCGCCCCCUGCCGAUGGCUCCGCUACUCGUGGCGGAACCCCUACACACCCUUCUCGAGCUUCUCCAAGUGCUACUUCUCGCAAUCGAAGAGAUGGGAGCGUAGAGUCUCGUGCGAGCGAGCGAUCCCGCCGAAGCGGCAAGAGGGAUUCUCAACGAGAAAAGUACCGGGAUGCCAGCCGUGACAAGGAGCGAGACAGGAAUGCGCAUCGCGAGGAUGGCCAAGAUAAAAGUAGAGAGGCAAUCGAAUCGCAGCGAAGGCGCCAUGAGGAAGACCUUCGUAGGGCUCGAAGUGAUGACCCAAGGUCUGGCGACUGGGACGAAUCUUCUCGAAGACACAGCAGGCGAGACGACGAGAAGCGAAAGGACGGUCGGGACAAGACCGAAAGAAGGAGAGAAAGCCGCAGAGACUCCAAAUACAGGGAGGACGAGAGUGGGAAGCGCAAGCGGGAGGACGAGUACCUAGCGUCUUCGAGGAAACCCGAUCACGAAACCUCUAGCUCCAGUGGGAGGCGAGGUCGGGACAAGUACGACGAUAGAGAUUCUCGUCGAGAUUACUCGGGCCGUGAGGGGGAUCGCGACUCGCGCGACAGGCGAAUCUCUCGGAGAGACGACAAGCACGACUCACAUCGUAGCAGUAGGAAUAGAGGAGAUAGGCAGGAUGCGUCGGAUGGUCGACACCGAGAUGGCCGAGGGCACAGUCCGGCCAACGAAGCUGAGCCAGCUUCGCAACCUCGUCGCGCAUCUUCACCAAAACCAAGCGGAGCUCCAAGCGACGGUGGCCCUGCUGAGAGAGGUCCCCAUAGCCUCCCUGCCAGACCCACUACUACCAGUGCGGAAGGCGGGGCGCUGCAUAGUCCUGCCUCCCAAGGAGUCCCUAGUCUCUCAGCACGCUUGGGUGGCAUGCGAUCACCCCCUCCGCACAUGAAAAACAAUUCGGUUCCUCCUGCCUCACAAGGGAAGACGAGCGACUCUGGCCCUGCUCAAUUCAGGGGUAAUAAUAAUCUAGGCAAUGGAAAUCGGGCAAACCAUGGAGGCGGAGGCUGGGGAACGUCAGACAAUGGUUGGGGCACACGUGGGACGAAGAAGGACGAGCCGCGAAAUGAGGAACGUCGUGAAAUAGGCGGUCAGCAACAACACGGUCGAGAAUCCAGAGUUGAGGAGCCAAGGGAAGAGACGAGGAAAGAACAAGUGACACAGGAAGAGUCUAAGAAGGAGGGAUCUGGCGCCGAUAGGAAAAGAGCUCUUGAGAGUAAGUCAAUCUCCGUUACUUCAAGAUACUCUGGAUGGUCGCUUAACAAUCCCGUAGGAGGCGCCCGCGAAGAUUCUCCUGGUGCUGCAAAGCGACCCAAGAUUGACCGCAAUAAGAAUCGGCCUGCUCGGAAUGACGGAAACGCCGCUUCCAGGAUGUUGGCGUCAGGAGGAGUGAUGAAGAAAUAA